AUGUACGCAGCGAAGGGGGCUCUUGGAGUACCUAUGCACGUCGUACAAGCCCGGCUAGCCUCUCCAAUACAUGUUGGCCUAGCUUACCUCUGCCUCAUGCAGCAUGUCUGUCUCGUCUUCACGUACGACGCUUCGUCGAGGGCAUCGUGGGACGAAAUGGUCGCCGCCUGCGGGAGGAUGCGCAGCCGCUGCGAAGACGGGGUCCUCCCCUUUCUUGCGAUAAUGAUCGCCGCCAUGGGUGAAGGUGAAGCCCCAGUGUUGCACGCGGAAGCUGAAGCGUUUGCAACCCAGCGGGACUAUCGCUUUGUCAAGUUCUCGCCCGCAACUGGGCGCGGCAUUUGCGAUACGGUCAGCUCGCUAGUUGAGCUGGUGCACGGUGCUCUAGUGGGGAAGUUCAGCAUCCCAGGGCAGUUUGGCCGAGUGGUCUAA